ACGCUUUAUAUUUUCGAUUCAAAGACCAGCCUUAUUAACAAACAUGUGAUCACGAAGUAUUAGAAUUCUGAUUCUAAAAAUGGAUCAAGAUAUAAAAAGUCUUUUAGAAUGUAUAAUUUCAGAAAUAGAGCUCAACAAUAUGAAGGAUUUAUUAACAUCUAGUAAAAGGAGGAGAAGACACGUUUUUAAUUGGAAACAAAAUAUAAGAAAAUAUCUUUGCCAAUCAGGAAAAUCGUAUGUAGAUUAUAAAGGUGUUUACAAACCCGAACGGUCCAUUAAGACGUUAAAAGAUUGUAAGCUAAAAUGUAAAUUCAAAUGCGGUUUGCAAAUAGUCGAAAGCGAGAGAGAACGCGUGCAUUCAAGCUUCUGGAGGCUAGGCAAUGAUGAAAAAAUGGAAUUUUACAAUAAAAACGUGGAACGACAUUACAAGAGCAGGGCCACCACCAAGAAGCAAAAUUCUUACAAAAAAUAUUCGUAUUUUUACCACUUCAUCGUGAAUAACGUCAAAAUUAGGGUUUGUAAGGAGUUUUUCCUCACGACGUUGGACAUAAGCCAGAAAAGGAUAUCCUAUUUUUUCGAAAAUUUUAAAAACAACGAUAACAUCACGUCGUCAUAUUCAUAUCGAAAGGGGAAGCACAAGAAAAAAACUAUAGACGAAGCGUUAAAGGCCCACAUCAGGAAUCAUAUAAAUUCGUUCCAAAAGAUCGAACCACACCAUUGUAUCUUGAAUACCAAAAGAUGGUUGCUGGACGGCUCGCUAAAUUUAAAAAUCAUGUACUCGUUGUACCAGGAUUACUGCAAAGAAAAUAAGGUAGAUUGGUUGAAAGAACAUUAUUAUAGGCGAAUAUUCAAUUCCGAGUUUAGUAUUGGUUUCACGAACAAAAAAAAUCAGUGCCAUUUUUGCAAAGAAAAAUGGGUGAGCGAACAUAACACUUUGGAAGCCUUAGAUAAUUCACAGUAUUUUUAUGAUUACCUGAACAAAUUCAAAGGAGGCCUUAGCUAAUUCGCAUAUUUUUUACUAUUACUCAAAUUCAACGCCAAAAAAAAAUAAAAUUCUAGUCAUCAUUAUCAAUUCGAAUUCAUGGCAAGAUGAAUCAUUAAAUGAGUAUUAUUAAACAAAUAGUUUUUUU